GAAGGUUAUAAGGGCCAACUCCAAAUGCAUAGUCAGUCCACAAUAACCAAAUGAUCCAAGCCCAUUUGUGGACUUCUCUCCCCAACACAACAAAGCACCUUUACACAACAUCUGCACUCCAACUGUUUGAUUUCCCCCCCCAAAGAGACCUCCAAAAUGCGUAGAAGUUCCAUUUUUAAUGGCCUACACAAAUCUUUAAAAUCCUGUCUUUGUCACAAAAAAAACUCUUAUGCACUGUCACCUCCAACCCCAUUUCAAAAACCAGGCUCAAUAUGGAUUCCAUCGAGGCAAAAAUCAAGUGGAGGAAGAAGACCUAAGAGGAAAAUAUACCACAGAGUCCAAGACCUUGACAGAGCCAUGGACUUACAAAAGAAGCCAUCUUUAAUACUACAGCUCAAGUCAAUUCUCCAAUCACAAAAAAAUCAGUCUCUCCUUCUCAGAGACCUCGAAAAGGAAGUUGGGUUUGUUCAAAAAUGGAACUUUAUGUCUGUCAUUGAAAAGUAUCCUGCAAUUUUUCGUGUUGGUGGUGGUAGUAAUACUAGGACACCUCCUUUUGUUGCUUUCACUGCGAAGGCUGAAAAGAUUGCAAGAGAAGAGGCUGAAGCAAGAGAGCUAAUGGAGCCCAUUUUGGUUAAGAACUUGAGGAAGUUGUUGAUGUUGUCAGUUGAUUGUAGGGUGCCAUUAGAAAAGAUUGAAUUCAUUCAAAAUGAAUUGGGUUUGCCUCAAGAUUUCAAGAGCUCGUUGAUUCCAAAGUACCCAGAUUUUUUUUCAGUGAAAGAUGUUAAUGGGAAAGCUUAUCUUCUUUUGGAGAAUUGGGAUUCUGCUUUGGCAGUUACUUCUCGCGAGGAAAGAUUGAGAGUUGAAGGUGUUCCUUCUAUCAAUCCGUUGAAAAGGAAUGCUAGAAUAUCAAAAGAUGGUAACUUUUUUGGUCCAUUUGCUUUUAAAAUGUGUUUUGCUGCUGGUUUUAGGCCAAACAUGAGUUAUCUUGAGGAACUUGAGAAGUGGCAAAGAAUGGAAUUCCCUUCUCCAUAUUUGAAUGCAAGGAGAUUUGAAAUUGCUGAUCCUAAGGCGCGAAAGCGUGUGGCCGCAGUGCUUCAUGAGCUCCUUAGUUUGACUAUGGAGAAGAGGAUGACAUCUGCUCAACUGGAUGCUUUUCAUUCUGAGUAUAUGUUGCCAUCUAGAUUACUGCUUUGUCUGAUAAAGCAUCAUGGUAUAUUUUACAUCACUAAUAAAGGUGCUAGGAGUACUGUGUUCCUUAAGGAUUGUUAUAAUGGUUCUAAUUUGAUCGAAAAAUGCCCUUUACUUUCGUUUCAUGAUAAGUUCGUAGCUCUGAGUGGCCGUGCACCGAUUGAUUCAUGUACUGUGAUGCCAUCUUCACAAUUAUUUACCUGAAACUGUGAUUUGUUUAUUUCUAGAAUAAAAUUCAAAUGCCGGUUCUUGUGCGAUAGAA